CACGCCGGGCAAUAGGAAGACCUCCAGAAGCUCCCCGCGCUGCGCGGCUGUGUUUGCGGCCUGUGGGAGUAGGAGCCUCGGAACCAAUCUCCCGGCGAGCGGUGCGCAGAAACCUCGAACCGGUGGAGCCCACUCGUAACCUGGGGCCCACAAGGCCGCGAAGACAGUACCGUUUUCUCGGCGGCGGGAGUCUAUCCUGAACUUAGAUCGUGUACAUUUUGGGAAGUUAUUUUAGAAAAGAUCUAAGUUUAAAAAAUUCUCAAUGGACAGACAGAGAAAAGAGGGUCUUUGCCAACUCCUUUGGACUGCUGCAGUAAGAAUGUCUUUCCCCCCUCAUUUGAAUCGCCCUCCCAUGGGAAUCCCAGCACUCCCACCAGGGAUCCCACCCCCACAGUUUCCUGGCUUUCCACCACCUGUACCUCCAGGGACCCCAAUGAUUCCUGUACCAAUGAGCAUUAUGGCACCUGCUCCAACUGUCUUAGUACCCACUGUGUCCAUGGUUGGAAAGCAUUUGGGAGCACGAAAGGAUCAUCCAGGCUUAAAGACUAAAGAAAAUGAUGAAAACUGUGGUCCUACCACUACAGUUUUUGUUGGCAAUAUUUCAGAGAAAGCCUCAGAUAUGCUUAUAAGACAACUCCUUGCUAAAUGUGGCUUGGUUUUGAGCUGGAAGAGAGUACAAGGUGCAUCUGGAAAACUUCAAGCCUUUGGAUUCUGUGAGUAUAAGGAGCCUGAAUCUACCCUCCGUGCACUCAGGUUAUUGCAUGACCUGCAGAUUGGAGAGAAGAAGCUACUUGUUAAAGUUGAUGCAAAGACAAAGGCACAACUGGAUGAAUGGAAAGCAAAGAAAAAAGCUUCUAAUGGGAAUGCCAGGCCAGAAACUGUCACUAAUGAUGAUGAAGAAGCCUUAGAUGAAGAAACAAAGAGAAGAGAUCAGAUGAUCAAAGGGGCCAUUGAAGUUUUAAUACGUGAAUACUCCAGCGAGCUCAAUGCCCCCUCACAGGAAUCUGACUCUCACCCCAGGAAGAAGAAGAAGGAAAAGAAGGAGGACAUUUUCCGCAGAUUCCCAGUGGCCCCUCUGAUCCCUUAUCCACUCAUCACUAAGGAGGAUAUAAAUGCCAUAGAAAUGGAAGAAGACAAAAGAGACCUGAUAUCCCGAGAGAUCAGCAAAUUCAGAGACACACACAAGAAACUGGAAGAAGAGAAAGGCAAAAAGGAAAAAGAAAGACAGGAAAUUGAGAAAGAACGGAGAGAAAGAGAGAGGGAGCGUGAAAGGGAACGAGAAAGGCGAGAACGGGAACGAGAAAGGGAAAGAGAACGUGAACGAGAAAAGGAGAAGGAACGGGAGCGGGAACGAGAACGGGAUAGGGAUCGUGACCGGACAAAAGAGAGAGAUCGGGAUCGGGAUCGAGAGAGAGAUCGGGACCGAGAUCGUGAAAGGAGCUCAGAUCGAAAUAAGGAUCGGAGUCGAUCAAGAGAAAAGAGCAGAGAUCGUGAAAAGGGAACGGAGAGGGAAAGAGAGAGAGAGAGAGAACGGGAACGAGAAAGAGAACGAGAACAGAGAGAGAGAGAGCGAGAAAGGGAACGAGAACGUGAGAGAGAAAAAGACAAGAAGCGUGACCGAGAAUAGGAUGAAGAAGAUGCAUAUGAACGAAGGAAACUUGAAAGAAAGCUCCGGGAAAAAGAAGCUGCUUAUCAGGAGCGCCUUAAGAAUUGGGAAAUCAGAGAACGAAAGAAAACCCGGGAGUAUGAGAAAGAGGCUGAAAGAGGAGAAAGAAGAAGAGAAAUGGCAAAAGAAGCUAAACGACUAAAAGAAUUCUUAGAAGAUUAUGAUGAUGAUAGAGAUGAUCCCAAAUAUUACAGAGGAAGCGCUCUUCAGAAAAGGUUGCGUGAUAGGGAAAAGGAAAUGGAAGCAGAUGAACGGGAUAGGAAAAGAGAGAAGGAAGAGCUGGAGGAAAUCAGGCAGCGUCUUCUAGCAGAAGGGCACCCAGAUCCAGAUGCAGAGCUCCAGAGGAUGGAACAAGAGGCUGAGAGACGCAGACAGCCGCAAAUAAAGCAAGAACCAGAAUCAGAGGAAGAGGAAGAAGAAAAGCAAGAAAAGGAAGAAAAACGAGAGGAACCCAUGGAAGAAGAAGAAGAACCAGAGCAAAAGCCCUGUCUCAAACCAACACUGAGGCCCAUCAGUUCUGCCCCAUCUGUUUCCUCUGCCAGUGGCAAUGCAACUCCCAAUACUCCUGGGGAUGAAUCUCCCUGUGGUAUUAUUAUUCCUCAUGAAAAUUCACCAGAUCAACAACCUGAGGAGCAUAGGCCAAAAAUAGGACUAAGUCUUAAACUAGGUGCUUCCAAUAGUCCUGGUCAACCUAAUUCUGUGAAGAGAAAGAAACUCCCCGUAGAUAGUGUCUUUAACAAAUUUGAGGAUGAAGACAGUGAUGAUGUACCCCGAAAAAGGAAACUGGUUCCUUUAGAUUAUGGUGAAGAUGAUAAAAACGCUGCCAAAGGCACUGUAAACACUGGAAAGCGCAAACAUAUUAAGAGUCUCAUUGAAAAAAUCCCUACAGCCAAACCUGAACUCUUUGCUUAUCCCUUGGAUUGGUCUAUUGUGGAUUCUAUACUGAUGGAACGACGAAUUAGACCAUGGAUUAAUAAAAAAAUCAUAGAAUAUAUAGGUGAAGAAGAAGCUACAUUAGUUGAUUUUGUUUGUUCUAAGGUUAUGGCUCAUAGUUCACCUCAGAGCAUUUUAGAUGAUGUUGCCAUGGUACUUGAUGAAGAAGCAGAAGUUUUUAUAGUCAAGAUGUGGAGAUUGUUGAUAUAUGAAACAGAAGCCAAGAAAAUUGGUCUUGUGAAGUAAAACUCUUUUAAAUUUAGAGUUCCAUUUCAGAUUCUUCUUUCCCACCCUUCAAAGGACUUUGAGAUUUUUUUUGUCUUCAGAGACAUUUGUGAGAUCUGUAAUUUUUUUUUAAUGUAGAAAAUGUGAAUUUUUUUGUCCUCUAUAAUUUGUUGAUGCCCUGUGUACUCCUUUGGUUGUAAAGACAUCUGAAUCUUAUUUUGGUUUUCUUUAUACUCACCAGGUACAAAUUACUGGUAUGUUUUAUAAGCCGCAGCUACUGUACACAGCCUAUCUGAUAUAAUCUUGUUCUGCUGAUUUGUUCUUUGUAAAUAUUAAAAUGACUCCCCAAUUCUUUUGCAGAAUUGCACUUAAUAUUGAACUGUACUGUAUAGGCACCAACAUGAACAUUUUUAAUUGAAAGAAUAUCAGUCACACCUAUUACCGCCUUGAUCAACAACAGCAGGCCCUCAUGAUGGCAUGGAAUUUAAAAUUAGAGUGCGAAAAUUAGUAGACAAUCCAUUCCUGUAUCUCUGUAUGGGUGUGUUUGUGUGAGUGUAUGUAUAAAAGUCUUACUUUUCCCUAAUUGGCUUUGGAGGGUUCCCUUAAACAUUUCCUAAUUGAAGAAUAGAAUUGUAAAGGAAACAUGGUAUCGUGCCAACCCAAAUGUCUGGGAUAAUUAGGUUAUUAGUCUCCCAGAGCAUGGUAUUCUCUUGUGGCAAGCCAGCAGAAUGUUGAACAGAAUGGUUUGCUUUUUUUUCUGUCAAUGGCUGUGUCGGCCCUCUCUUUUAAGUGAGUGUGAAUCAUAGUGAUAUUUCCCCCCCCCCCCCCAUUUCAUUGUUCAGAAUGAGGCAGAUCCUUAGAUUCUGGAGAGCUUUAUUUAAUGCAUUUUUGCACUAAUUGGUCCUUGAUUUAAUUUUUAUGUACCCUUUUGUUAAAAAAAAAAUCAAAACUAUAAGUGAAAAAAAUCCUUUAAAAAAUCAGCAAAAGAUAAAAGUAGGCAUUUUUACAAGCUAGGAACAUUUGACAAAAAGUACAAUAGAAAUUCAGCAUGGCAAUUUAUAGACUUUACAUUCUUAAUUCUAAGAAUAAAUUGUUUAAGGCAGUUACCACUAUUUGUUCUGUAAAGGGUUUAUAUCGUGUGUGUGUAUAUGCAGACACACACCUCGUUUACCUCUGCUCAUCAAAACUUUAAAGAUAUUGAUGGGGAUUUCUUUAUUGUAGAUCAGAACUUCACAAGGGAGCAAAAUUACCUGAAAAUGUAACAAGUUUUAAAACAGUUCUUAACAGAAAUUAGGUGCAGCUAUUCCUGUGUCCUGAAUAUUUAUUUUUUAAAAAAGAUAAAGAUUGGGGGAGCGGUGUUAAAAAAAAAGCGUAACUGAGUUUGAGUUACUAGAUUUUUUUUACAUCUUAAGAGGACAAUUGAAAACACUGUUCUUAACAUUGGACCAUGACAUGGUUCCAUUAUGUAAAUAUUUCAGAUAUUAAAAAUGUAUAUAUUUGAUCUCGGA